AUGUCUUCAAAUUCCGGAAAUGCGUCCCUUUCAGCGGUAGACUUGUUCAACGUUGACGGGCUGGUUGCUUUUGUUACUGGAGCAGGAACCGGUAUUGGGCUCAUGUUUGUCAAGGCAUUGGUCAAGAAUGGCGCGGCAAAGGUUUACAUUGCCGGUAGACGAUUGGAAGUUCUCCAGGAAGCAGCUGCAUCUGUUGGACCAAAUGUAAUACCCGUGCAGUGCGACGUCACAUCCAAGGAAAGCCUGCAGGAGGCCGUAAAGCUUGUCGAAAAGGAUUCUGGGUAUGUAAACCUUUUGGUUUGCAACUCUGGCAUUACUGGUCCUUCAGCUUCUGCCUUAACUCCCGAGACGACUCUGGAGGAGUGGGCGGACAACAACUUCGCACUGGACAUGGACAAGUAUGUAGAAACGUUCGCAGUCAACACUGCCGCGGUAUGGUACACUACAUUGGCGUUCUUGAAGCUUCUCGACCAGGGAAAUAAGAAGAAGAAUGUCACGCAACAAUCCCAAGUGGUCAUUACGAGCUCAAUUGCUGGGUUCAACAAGACUUCCACAGCUGGCUGGGCGUACGGGCAGUCAAAGACAGGGGCAAUUCUGGCAGCGAAACAGCUUGCUACGGUCUUACCCCGAUGGAAUAUACGCGCAAAUUGCAUCGCCCCUGGAAUAUUCCCGAGUGACAUGUCAGGCCCGGUUGUCCAGCAGUACAAGGAUGAAACGGGAGGAUAUGGCGCAGUUCCCACGACAAUGAUCCCCAUGGGCAGGUUUGGAGACGAGACAGACAUGGCCGGAACUAUUCUCUAUCUGGCAUCGAAAGCGGGCUCAUACUGCAACGGGGUUGUUGUAGUCGUCGACGGAGGCCGUCUGGGCACGUUUCCAUCAAUCAAUUAG